AUGGGGAACACUGUGACCAUAUGUUCAUUGGAAGAUAGCGCUUUGGUGGCUAGUUGUUUAGAAGAUGGUGAAUCAGUCUACAGAAGGUAUAAAAUGCCUAGUGGUAAACAUAAGAAAGGCCCUAGUGGCGAAGAUUCCGAAGAUGAAAGCGAAGUCUUGGAAGAAAGUCCCUGUGGAAGAUGGCUUAAAAGGAGAGAAGAGCAGGGUAGGUAUUCUUUGUGA